AUGGCUUCAUCAAUCACUCACCUUUGCAUAAUCUAUAUUGACAUCUUUGUGUUCUGUUGUUAUGUUCAAAACCUAUAUGCAGCUUCUCCAAAUCUUGACACUGAUAAAGAUUUUUUAGUUCUCAUAAAAUCUCAAACAAUCACCCAACCCCCAGAUGCUUUAGCCACUUGGGAUCAAAACUACUUGUCUCUGUGCAACUGGACGCGAGUCUCGUGUGAUGAUUCGGGCCGAAGAGUUGUCGGUCUUGACCUCUCCGGGCUUCAAAUAUCUGGUCAAGUUAGCACCCAUAUCGGGAACCUAUCGUUUCUUAGUUCACUACAACUCCAAGAUAACCUGUUUGACACUAUACUUCCUGAAACAAUCACCAAUCUUUUUCACCUUCAAGUUCUCAACAUUAGCACCAACAACAUCCAUGGAACAAUCCCGACUAACAUAAGUCGAUGCGUUAACCUCAGGGUUGUCGAUUUCAUGCAAAACAAACUUUAUGGUUCCAUUCCUGAAGGCCUCACUCUUCUCAUGAAUCUCACAACUUUGAAUUUGGCAAAAAACUAUCUUUCAGGUUCUAUUCCACCUUCUAUUGCUAACCUUUCUUCCCUGUCCACCUUAAACCUCGGUACUAAUUCACUUAGUGGCCCGGUUCCUGGUGACUUGUCCCGUCUUCUGAGCCUAAAAACUCUUGAUCUAAGCAUCAAUAAUCUCAGUGGGAUAUUUCCUCCAUCCAUUUACAACAUGUCUUUGCUUGAGUCGCUAGUUCUUGCUUCUAACCAUCUGUCGGGCGAUAUACCCUACAACGUUGGAGAUACUCUCCCAAAUCUUCUAGUUUUCUGCUUUUGCAUGAACAGAUUCACAGGGACAAUUCCGGGUUCAUUACAUAACCUUACAAAUAUUAGAAUUAUUCGUGUUGCAUAUAAUCAAUUGCACGGGACGGUACCACCAGGAUUAGGUAAGCUUCAUGAGCUAGAAACAUACAAUAUUAGAUACAAUAAUAUUUUUAGUUCACAGGGCGAGGGCCUCGGUUUCUUAAAUUCACUAGUAAAUAACACAAAGCUUAAUUUUUUAGCUAUUAAUGGUAAUCAUUUUAAUGGUGUCAUUCCAGAGCCCAUAGGCAAUCUUUCUAAACAACUAAGGAUUUUGUACAUGGGGUCAAACCAGAUUUCUGGACGCAUCCCGCCCACAAUUAGUCAACUAAAAGGUUUAGCUUUAUUGGAUGUUAGCCACAACUUGAUUUCCGGUGAAAUCCCACCAGAAAUAGGCCAGUUAAAGAACUUGCAAGAGCUUAAUCUUGGCAAAAAUAGGUUAGCUUCUAAUAUCCCAAAUUCAUUGGGUGAUCUUCCAAAGUUAACGCAAAUCGAUUUGUCAAGCAAUGAAUUGACAGGAAGCAUACCUAUCAGUUUUAGAAGUCUUGAAAGGCUGAUAUUCAUGGACUUGUCCAUGAACAAGCUCAGUGGAAGUAUACCUAGAGAAAUCUUUGAUCUCUCAAGUUUAACGACCAUCUUCAACCUUUCGAGUAACUUGUUAUCUGGCUUGUUGCCUCAAGAAAUCGAGAAUCUUAAAACAGUGGUCGCCAUUGACCUCUCUAACAAUCAUUUUUCUGGCAACAUACCAAGUUCUAUCCAAAAUUGUAAGAGCUUGGAGAAGCUCAUCAUCUCCAGAAAUUCUUUUUCGGGUAGCAUUCCAAAUAGUCUGGGUGAACUAAGAGGUUUAGAAACUCUUGAUCUUUCCUCCAAUCAACUCUCCGGUUUAGUCCCUAUCGAGCUUCAAAACUUGAAUACCCUCCAACUUCUAAACCUUUCUUACAACAACUUGGAAGGGAAAGUUCCAGUUUUUCCAAAUCAUACAAGUGUUCAUCUUGAAGGCAACCCAAAGCUAUGCAAAAAUUGUGACAUUACCCAAAAUUACAAAGGAGUUAUGAUCUCAGUUGUGGUUAUCAGCUUUGUUUUAGCAAUCGUCAUACUAAUUGCUUGGUCUUUCUACUUCCGUAAAAACAAUGAGAUGGUUAUGAUUACGGACAUUCCUGAUUCCUUCAAAGGCCAAUAUCAUAUGGUGACGUAUAACAAUAUAUGUUCAGCAACCAUGAACUUCAACGAAAAAAAGCUGGUCGGACGUGGGAGUUUUGGGUCUGUCUACCGAGGAUGUCUUAAUCUGCAAGGACUAGUCCAUGAAGUCGCUGUGAAGGUUUUUGAUACGGACACCACACACUCAUUUUCUUGCUUCUUAGCUGAAUGUGAAACAUUAAGGCAUCUCCGGCAUAGGAAUCUCGUCAAGCUGGUCACUUCAUGUUCCAGUUUGGAUAAAAAGAACAAGACAUUUUUAUCACUGGUGUAUGAGUUUGUAAAAAAUGGCAAUCUGGAGAGCUGGAUCAGGAAUGGAAUGGUGUUGCUAGAUGGAUUAAAUGUGGCGAUUGAUGUAGCGUGUGGAUUAAGUUACCUACACCAUGAAUGUGUAGUGGCUCCUGUGGUGCAUUGUGAUCUAAAGCCAAGUAAUGUUUUACUUGAUGAAGAUAUGACUGCAAAAAUAGGGGACUUUGGGCUGGCCACCAUGUUGGGUGAGAAAGACCAUUCUUUUAGCUCUAGCCAUGUUCUUAGAGGUUCCAUGGGUUUCAUACCUCCAGAGUAUGGUAUUGGAGCAAAGCCGUCUACCAAAGGAGAUGUCUACAGUUAUGGCAUUAUGUUGAUGGUAAUCUUUACAGGAAAAAGACCAACAAACGAGAACUUUGUGGACGGUCUAAGCCUUAAGACAUGGGUGCAGGCCGCUUUCCCUAAUAAGUUAGAUCAAGUGUUGGAUCCUAACAUGCUCCAAGAACCGAAUGGUCAAUCCAUGAGCCUCAAAACAGUACUUGAUUGCCUCACAAAGAUCAUUGGAGUCGCGGUUUCUUGCACCAAUGCUAAUCCUGAGAGACGAAUGACUAUAACUGAGGCUCUUCGCCAACUUAAGAGUGUUCAUAAUAUGUUUUAUAAGUCCAGCCCAUUAAAAGUUGUUUGCUUAAAAAAUGAUGAUUAG